UCUGGAUUGGUUUUAUGUUUAUUGAAACUUACGUUAGUGUGUACUAAAUGUUUACUAAUUAGUAAUAAUAAUCUAAGACGUUUUAUAGCGUUUUCAGUUUGCUAUGGGUGUUUUAGAGCUUCUAAUUAUGACCCUUCUUAUUCAAAAUAGUCUUCAAUUAAAUAUCGAACGUUCGGUUUAUGAUACUUUUACUCCAUUCGUUAGGUUUUCCCGAUUUUGGACUCGUUCAACAUUUCGCACAUGGUUGUUUGAUAUUCCGAAAGCUCAAUCAGAAAAUAAAAUUCAGCCACAAAUAGACGAAACCGUCCCGUUUUCAUGUCCAUUGAACAACACAAGAAGUCCUGAAAGACCAACAAACGUAAAUAAACUACGACCUGGUGAUAUCGAUGUCAUUGGAGCAAUGGGAGACAGUUUGACUGCAGGAUUCGGAUUAUUGGCUACAAACUUAGUUUCAGUUUUGUUUGAGAAUAGGGGUUUAUCUUUUAGCGGGGGUGGGGACAAAACUUGGAGGAAUUAUCUCACUUUGCCGAACAUAUUGAAGGAAUUUAAUCCAAAUCUGCAAGGAUUUUCUACUGGAAAUUCCUAUACUUUUGAAAAGGAAUCAAAUCUUAACGUAGCCGAAGGUGGCGCUGUGUCAGACAACACUCCGUAUAUGGCACAAAUGUUAGCCAAUAGGAUCAAACUAGACCCCAAAGUUAACAUCAAACUUGAUUGGAAGAUGAUUACGUAUUUUAUUGGCGGAAACGAUUUCUGUUGGGAUAUGUGCUUCAGAAGUAAUCCAGAAUCUAUUGUAGAUAAACAUAGAAAUAAUCUAAUAGAAGCUCUAAGGAUAUUGCGAGAUAAUUUACCAAGAACUCUUGUCAAUGUUAUAAAUGCCCCGAGUAUUGAAAUAAUUGCAAAUAUCCCAAACAAACCACCCAUUUGUUAUAUAACUCAUAGCGCAGAAUGCCCGUGUAUAUUUGGGUUGGGGUACCAAAACUAUCAACCCAUGUUUACAGAUAUUAUGAGAAAAUGGCAAAAAGUUGAACAGGAAGUAGUUGACAUGGACGAAUUCGACACAGAUGAUUUUUCUGUUGUACUACAACCCUUUACAUUAAAUUAUAUUGUUCCAGAUUUAAGUCACAUGUCUGUAGAUUGCUUCCAUCCAAGUCAAAAGGGAACAGCUCAAGCUGCUAAUAGCUUAUGGAAUAAUUUAUUAGAACCUGUUGGUAAGAAGAGUACAAGAGAAACAAAUCUUUUCAGCAAUUUUAAAUGUCCUACUGCCAAAAAUCCUUUUCUUUUUACCAGACGUAACAGCGAAAUAUCUACAUAACUGAAACUGGUACCGAUUUAAAUUAUUUAAUUAAUUCAUAUAAUUACCUGUAAAUUUUCAACAUUCAACUUUAGCAUCAUAUUUACAUUUAUAAUUUUGAAUAAUUAAUUAACUAAACUGUUUUGUUUGUGACAUGUACGUUUGUGUAAAAUGUGUUGCGCACUUUCGUCUCUACCUAGCAGUUUCUAUAACUUUUUUAUUAACACCAGAAAUCACUAUAUAUGUGUUGGUUCAGUAUAACAAAACCCAAACUAUGUUUUCUUAUAUUUUUUUAAACAAUAACACCGUUUCGAUCUAUAUAUAAAAAGAACUACCAAACUUAAAAUACAUUGAAACUGAUAAUUGUUAUUAAAUAAACAUUUACGGUGAAAAAACAUCAAAAACUGCUUCAAAUGGUAGUCCUUUUAUUCCUUAACUAUCCUUAGAAAACGCAACUACCAUAGGCGAACACUGACGUUAGAACUGUAUAUCCGAAUUUUAAAAACGCCGGGUUCGUCACUUGACCGCACGUUGGAGUCUCCGCGUAUUUUCUAGUAUUACGCUAAAACUAAAGUAGCUACAAAAAUUUCUUUCAGACAAAAAUUGUUCUACUAUCAAAGCUCUUUCUUAUGGUGGGUGCAAAAUUCUUUUACGCAAUGUUUUGAGCAAGUUAUUGCAAUUUAAA